AUGUCGCCGGCGGCCGAACCGGCGAUUGAAAAUGAUCGGAAUGGAUUCCGCCAAGGGUUCACGGCCUCGGCCGCCCGCCGCUCGAUGUCCUCAUGGCGUCCAAAAAAGUCUGGCCGCAAAAUGCUCGGACAGAAUCCGGCAACAUGGUGCGGCAAAGACUCGUUCGAGAUAAGUCUUGACGAGUUUGACGGGUCACAGUAG